AUGGCAGCUUUUUCCCAGACCAAGAAGGACCCUUCAACGGGAGAUGAGAGCGAGGAUACUCAAGAGAGUCAGGGCUCUGAAGACAAGGUGGAAACUGUCACCUCAAGCGAUUUUCAGUAUCCCCCUCGAGAUCAGAACUUGGGGAGAAUUGUUAAGUACAACCACAUCAAGACUCACACAGCUUUGGGUCGAGCCAUCGAGACAUGGGAGCUGACGUCGGGACAGCAUUACCCAAACAAAAAUAGUCUGAUACAUGGAUACCUACAUUUUGAAGCACUGACGGACCAUGAUUAUAACUUCUCCUGUGUCCGCUGUGGACAUCACCCUCCUGUGGUGGUCAUGGAUCUCCACAAGAGCUGUGUCUUCAGCUUGGCAGUUAGUGAACUAGAGGAUCCACCAGAUGGAUUUGAUGGGGAAGUGGACAUUGAUGAGUUCUGGGACUCUCUAUGUUUAGAGAGGAUUGCACGUGGUUUUGUUCCAAGUGGCUGGGCUGUUGUUAUGUGCCCCUGUGGACAGGUUGUCUCGCUGAAAUUUAACCUUAGGGCAGAAAGUCCAAGGGACUUCACUGAUUUAUUGUUAUCUUGGAAGCACAUGCCCAACAUAUGCAUAUAUGACUUUGCAAGAGGUCUGGCGGUGCAUGCUAACCUCAGAGAGCCCGAGACGAUGCCUUUCAGCCCUCAUGAGGGUAGGCUGUUGGACCCCAGCCAUGAAAACUUACAGUACGCAUCCAAUGGUGGUAUGGUCCACUUACCAUGGCUUAAUACUAGGAAAACUGUGCUUGACCCGGGUGGCCAUCCAUUGACUGGGUCAGCAGACCACUAUUGUCUCUACGACACAUUCAAUGAGAAAAACACUAAAGACCCGAAAGAUAUCCUCCGUAGGAUAAAGAUGGUACCUGAACUGGCAGGGAGAAUAAACAGCCAGGUUGCAGAACAACUCUUCUCAACCAUGAAAAAAAACAACUAUUACAUGAAUAUGCUCUCGCCAUUUGCUCAUGUUUUCAUGAUGCGUAAUGUUAUUCACAAUUACAAUCAGCGGAAGAACAAGAAGAUCAAGGAGGAAUUAAAGAAGCUUGUGACUCCUGAAAUUCCACUGUGUCUCAAUGAGCAUGGACAGGCAGAAUUCUGUGCGUCCCAGCCAACAGACCGUAGCCCAGAUCCAGUUGUUGCCGCCUCCUCUCAGCCAGCAGAAAUGGAGUUUAGCUCAGACCCAGCUCUUUCCCCACCUUCUAAACAUAAGGAAAUGAAGCUCAUUUUUCUGGACUAUGUAAUGGAUAGUAAGGGUGAACCUAAGGAGGAAAUUGUCCGAGCCCACAACUUGAUCCUCACAUGGUCUGACUUUUGGACUCUGGGCCUAGAAAGAGAUGUUGAAGCAACGGGCAUUGCAACCGUGGCUGUGGAUGCCUAUGUGGUGGUCACCUGGCUUCCUCCAUAUGAGGCUUAUCCCAUUGCUAAAAUGAUUUGUGACUUUGCAUCUAAAGAUGUUGUGCUUCUCCCUGCCUGGCAGCCUGGGCACUGGACAUUGUGUGAGUAA